AUGGCUGGUUUCUUCAUUUACUCUCUCUUCUGUAUUCUUUCGUACACGUUUACCCUUACCCAACAAAUAUCUUUAUUUUGUUCGCCUGCCCGCACCCAACUAGGCCCACUUUCACUGAUUGUUAAUAAGAGCAUCAUUCAGCCAACCAUUUACUUUAUACAUUCUUUCAUAAUAUAUCUUUAUCUGCUUUUUAACGCCAUCUUCUCCCUAACACUUUUCGUUUGUUUUAUUUUUUUAGCUUUGCUUCUCCAUUUACGCUUUUACAUUAACCGCCUUUUUUCUCAUAUUUCUUCUUACCUCUUUAUAUCUUUCUUCUUAUUCGUUUCGUCGCACGUCUGUCUAUUUAUAUGUUUCCUUUUUCCUAUCCCUUUUUACCACACCUUUUCUUUUCUUCCCUUUUUUUUCUUUUUUCUUCCUUCUUUUUUUAUUCUUUCCUCCCUCUUUUCCUUUGUCUUUUUUCUUCUCUCUUUUUAUUCUUUCCUAUUUAUUUUUCUCUCCGUUCCUCCUUCUUUUCUAUAUUUUUUUCUCUCUAAUUAUCUCCCUCUCUUUACUUUUUCGCUUUUCUACUUUCACUCUCUUUCUUUCUCUCUCUCUCCCUCUCUCUCUCUCUCUCUCUCUCUAUCUAUCUAUCUCUUUCCUUAUCUCUCUAUCUUUUUUCCUUUUUUCACUGUUCUAUUUUUAUUCACUAUUUUGAUUUUCUUUCUUUUAUUGUUUUCUACAUUCAUUCUCUCUCCAUCUAUCUCUUUUCUACUUUCAUUUCCUCUCUAUCUCUUUUGUAUUUCCCCUUUACUAUUUUUAUUCUCUCUUUCCAUAUCUAUCUAUCUAUCUAUCUAUCUAUCUAUCUAUCUAUCUAUCUAUCUAUCUAUCUAUCCCAAUCAGUAUCUAUCUAUCUAUCUAUCUAUCUAUCUAUCUAUCUAUCUAUCUAUCUAUCCCAAUCAGUAUCUAUCUAUCUAUCUAUCUAUCUAUCUAUCUAUCUAUCUAUCCCAAUCAGUAUCUAUCUAUCUAUCUAUCUAUCUAUCUAUCUAUCUAUCCCAAUCAGUAUCUAUCUAUCUAUCUAUCACACCUUCUGUCUUGCCUUUUACUUUCAUUCUCUCUCUUUUGAUUUUUUCACUUUAUUACUUUCAUUUUCUCUCUCUUUUUUCUUUUAUCUCCUUUCUGUAUUCAUUUUCUCUCUCUAUCUCUCUUUCUUUUUUCACUUUCCUACUUUCUCUCUCUCGCUCUCUCUUUCUCUCUCUCUCUCUUUCUCUGUGUCGCUUUUUCAUUCUUAUUUCUGCUAUAUCUUCAUAUCUAUUUCGUCUUCAUCUGAAUUCUCUUCUAUACGCUUUUCUUCCUCACUACAUUAUUCUUAACCUUUUACUUCAUCCUUUUUUAUUCUCUCUCUCUCUCUCUCUCUCUCUCUCUCUAUUUUUUCUUCUAUUUUUCACUUUUUAUCCUUCUCUAUCUUUCCCCGUUGUUCUUUCCGUUCUUCUUUCUGAAGUCAUAAUCUGUUUUCAUUGUAUUCUCGUUUAUAUUUUCUUUCUUCCCCCCUCCCCACCAUUUGCCAUUCUUUACAUUCCUUCUUCUUUCUUACAUGUUAACCAUUCUCACAGCAAUACCUCUUUCUUUCGUUUGGUCGAACGAUCGGCAACGGCAAAAAGGAAAAAUCUACCGGGCGAAACGCAAACGACAUGGAUCAAUAAUGAUAGUGAAUACACCAGCUCCGCCUUCUUCUUUACAUCCACGUUCACUUCAUUUUCUUCUUCCUUCUUUUCUUCUUCCUUCUUUUCUUCUUCUUCUUUUCCUCCUCAUACUCCUCCUUCUUUUAGAAAGUUUCUUAUUCCUUUUCUCCUAAUUAUAUUUAUCCUUGCUUCAAUUUCCUUCUCUCUUGUUUUAUUUUCCGCUGUUUUUUCUUUGACCGUUCUUUUUAACCAUUCCUUUUUUUUUCUUCUCCCUCUUUGUCCUAGAAUACUAUUCUCUCUCUCUCUCUCUCUCUCUCUCUCUCUCUCUCUCUCUCUUAGCAGAAAAACAAUGAAUUUUCUCACCCUCUUUCUCUAUAUAUACGUCCGUUUCUAUUUCACUCACUCUGAGAAUACUACUCUCUCUCUCUCAAUACUAUUCCCCCUCUCUCUCUGUCUCUCUCUUUCUCUCUUAGUAGAAAAAGAAAUAAUUUUCUCUCCCUCCUUCUCUAUAUAUACGUCCGUUUCUAUCUCACUCACUCUGAGAAUAUUAUUCCCCCUCUCUCUCUCUCUCUCUCUCUCUCUCUUGGCAGAAAAAGAAAGAAUUUUCUCACCCCACUUCUCUAUAUAUACGUUCGUUUCUAUCUCACUCACUCUGAGAAUACUAUUCCCCCCUCUCUUUCUCUCUCUCUCUCUCUCUCUCUCUCUUGGCAGAAAAAGAAAUAAUUUUCUCUCCCUCCUUCUCUAUAUAUACGUCCGUUUCUAUCUCACUCACUCUAAGAAUACUAUUCAAUUGUUUCAUCCAGUUUAG